AUGCGUAUGGAGAGACAAGCUGAGGUUCUUGAUAAAGCUGCAGCUAUAGUUCAGUCUGAAGUGCCGCCUGCGUCUUUAGUAGGGCGCCAAGAUGAUGUUGAGGAUCAGAGUGGAGACAGAGAUACUAUGGGGGACUCAUGUCUUCUAACAAAAAAGUUGGUUAGUGUCAUUGUGUCUCCGCCUUUACGAAGAGCAUCCAUGAAAGAUAAUGUAACCAUCCGUAGUAGGAGUGUAUCACGAUCUUUGUCCUUUGCGAAUGAUGAGGAAGUUGACGAGGAGGAACAAGUCAUAGGCGCUCUGGCUGAUAUGCAAACAGAUGAAACACAGGAUGUAGCGAUGCUGGAUCAAGAGGUUUAUGAUGAUGCUGAGGAUGAUCUCUUGGGCGAAGAAUUUAUGGAGUUGAGUGCGGAGGAGAGUAAAGGUGCAGAAGCUGGCGCAAAGGGGAAAACGGGAAGUAAGAGACAGUCAGGUCGAUCGGCUACUUCAUCAAGUAGUCUGGUGGACCGGUGGUGUGGUUCAUGUCUUCGUGAACAAGAAAUAUACUAUCAUGACACCGUGGUCUCAAAAGAAAGGCAACAACAAUACCUUCGUAGGCAUCGCAACCUCAACAGGAUUGAAGAGCGCAUCGCUCCCUUCGAAGCUGAGCCAUUCCCUUAUUCCACGAUGAUCCGUGCCAUGGAAUUUUCUUCAUGA